AUGAAGCUCCUCUCUUUUGUUCCGCUCAUAGCCGCAUCGACCUCCACAAACGUUUAUGACAGCAAGACUAUCGUAUCGGUCACCUCCGCCGAUGCUUUCGUCGACGUUCGGGAUAUCCCAAAGCGUCUCGAAGAUGCCAAGGUCGCGCUCAAGCCUGGAAUGGCCGCCUACCUGAAGACGGCAACUAUCAAGACUUUGAAGUCCUCGGGCUUGCAGGUGGUUGCUACUUCCGAGGACACAGUGAGCUUCGACGAUCUUUGUGCCUACUUGAAGGAGGCGGCCUCCAAACUCUCCGGUCUGGACUGUGAAUGCUCUCCUAAUUUUGCCACCAAGGAAGAGGACACCAGUGACAAUCUCGGCGUGAAUGACCCGAAUGCUUCGUUGCAAAGGGCAUUCAAGCGGAUGAACAUGCAAGACGUAUGGAGACUAUCUGCGCCCUACGCGAGGCGAACUGUCGCCGUAGCCGUUAUGGACAGCGGCCUCAACUUCAGCGAUCCUGAGAUCGCUUCUUAUCGUGGCGUUUUCCGUAAGAAGAGCGGUGGAUCCAUCGAUGGUGGCUGGAACUUCGUGGACGACUCCUCAAACUUAACAUCGACUCGUCAGCAUGGUCAGGCGUGUGCCAGAAUUAUCGCGGCUAGGAAGAACAAUAGCAACGAUAUGGCCGGAAUGGCGUCCAACGUACGUUUGGCGUCUUUAAAAACUAAGGGAUCUGAUGGUACUGGUGGCUGGGCACAUAUGGCUGAAGCCAUGGAUAUGGCCGUGGAUAUUGGAGUCGACGUCGUAUCAAUCUCACUGGGAGGAUUCAUAUCAAAGAGCUUCAGCGACAUGGUCCUGGCCAAGGCCUUCAAAGCAGCAACUGACCAGAAUAUCAUUGUUGUCGCCGGCGCUGGUAACAAUGGGAAGCGGGCUGACACAUACUAUCCAUGCUCGCUGCCACGCGUGGUCUGUGUGGGUGCUCUCAGGAACCAGGACACUCUUGAAAUGGCUGGUUUUAGCAACUACGGUGAUAGCGUCGAUAUCGCUGCCUACGGCACGGAUAUCUAUGUCGGUAACAACGAAAUCUCGUCGGGUACGUCCUUUGCCUGUCCUAUCGUCUCUGGAGCAGCCGCGAUCUUGCUUUCUAUGGGCGUUAAGCCAAAGUACGUUGCUGGGAUACUCAUCCAUAACGUUGAUCGGUUCAAUAGCUCUUCGAGGCCCAUGAGGAAGCAUGCCGGGGCUCUGAACCCGCUAAAAGCUGUCAAUAUGGCGAUCGAUUAUCCCAUUUUGAGACGCUAA